AUGCAGCGUCAUUUGGACAUCGGGGCACUUUACCAUCCUGUGGAAGUUCAGCCCGAUCACGGGACGCAUCGCUACCGGACUUUCAUGAUUGAAGAGAUCCUCACCGAUCACGAGGAACACAAAGUUGCAGCUCCCACAAGAGAGCUCCUCAAAUUCGGAGUACACGCGCUUCUCUCUACUCGUGCAUUCCGGAACCAAAUGGCGUUGAAGGCCGACCAGACUACGCGAAAUGUUGUCAAGUUCCCCUUGUCCCCGUUGCCCCGCUCACUGAGCUCGACGCUCGGCUCCCCGCUGCUAUCGGCCCCUACAAACCUGCAGGUCGGCGUGCCAUCCCUUCCUCUCGAUCUUCACAUCAGGGGCACAUUGGAGCAUGGAUCUGGAGUCGGCAAAAGCAAGAAGGGUCGCCGGAGCCGAACAGUGUUCACCGAACUCCAGUUAAUGGGGCUGGAAAAACGCUUCGAGAAGCAAAAAUAUUUGUCAACACCUGAUAGAAUAGAUCUUGCUGAGUCUUUGGGCCUCAGUCAACUCCAAGUCAAAACGUGGUAUCAGAACAGAAGGAUGAAAUGGAAGAAAAUUGUGCUGCAAGGGGGAGGUUUGGAGUCGCCCACUAAGCCGAAAGGCCGUCCAAAGAAGAAUUCAAUUCCAAGCAGUGAACAGCUCUCUGAGCCAAAAAGAUCAACUUCUACCAAUGGAUGUCUGUCCGAAGGCUUCACAUCUCACUUUGAGAACAGUCAGGCUUAA